CUAGUAAGGUAGCUGCGAAUGCUACAAUAUCAUUUAAAAAAAAUUACAUAUCUAUAAAUUAGCCUCUAAAAAUAUUAGCCAAAAAUAACUUGAAAUAACCGAAUUUUUGACCAAAAAAUCCGUGAUAUGAAUUGGUAAAAAUCACGCAUUCUGCAUGCUCUUUCAUCAUGAUUCUAACCUGAAUAGUCGUCGAAUAGUCGUCGAAUAGUCGACUCUAACGAUUAAUAUCAGUUUAAAAUUAAUAUCUUGUUUGCGGUUCGCGGGACGAAGUGGAAGUUUUUUCCAGUUUUUUUCGUUUUUGUUUGAAGCAAAAACGCGCUGAAUGAGGCUAAUUUUAUUAAUGCUGGUCAUCAAGAAGUUCAACUGAAUAAUUACUCUGAAUUGUAUCUACGAAAAUAGCCGAAUUCGCCUGUAAUUCUCAUCGCGAAAUAAUUCAUGGAAUUUAUAUCUUCAUUAAAAUUCAAUUGUCAAAAGUGUUAAAACGCUCAUUGUUUUUUAUGACAUAACUUUUAAUUAAGAACGAUAUGGAGGAAAAGACGAGCCCUUUCAAAGAAAUUGGCUCCAACGAUGUUGACACAGAGUCAAAAGCAAUGCUAAAGAGAAAAUUACAAAUGAAAUCAGAAGCGCUCAUGUUGUUAAGCAAGGAAAUGGAUCAGAGUAGGAUAGAACGAGAUCAAUUCAAACUGAUGGCUGAACAAAUUCAGGAACGAUUUCUACAUUUGAAGAAACAGAUGUGUGAUAUGAAAGAACUGAAUAGUUUCGACGACGAUUUUAGAACCUUGGAUUUAUUAACAGAAGCACGUGAACAAAAUAAGUGCCUUAGGUUACAAGUUGAAACAUUAAGGCAGAAACUAACAGAUGCUGAAGGUGAUAUUAAAGUGUUACGUACAAAUAAUAAUCGUAUACCAAUUGAACAGCAGGAAACUCAAUUAGCACCAGCUAUGCAUCAAAGAGAAGAGAUGAUAGAGCAAUUAGAGAAAUUAAAUUUAAAGUGUUCACAGUUGCAAACAGAUCUACAAACAGUAUUGGAUGAGAAACAUGAGCUGAAGAUUGAAAGGGAUGCUUUCAAAUGUAAGGCACAUCGUUUGAAUCAUGAACUGUCUAAAGCUUUGAAUGCAACCAAACCAGUUGAUUUGGAUGCUCUUAUCAAUGAAAAUAGAUAUCUGCAAGAAAGACUGCAGCAAUUGCUUGAGGAGAAAGAGCUCACACGUCAAUCUCUAUCAAAGUAUAAGAGUAUGCUAGAUAGUAAAAGGGCUAAAGGAACUAUCAAGUUGGGAGUAAAUUCUGCAGUUGGAACAGUGAUGACUCACAAGCAAGUCGAACAGCUUCUUCAAGAAAGUUCUUAUAUACCGCCUCAGAAAUCUGCUGCUGCCGUUACUGAUUUACGGUGCCUUUGCACUGCCUUAUUAGAGGCUUUAAAUGACAAAACUUUAGCUCUGGCUCAUCAGAAGAAAGCGAAUAAAAUAUUGGCAUUGAGAAUUUGUGAAUUGGAUAGUGCUAUACAAUCGCCAACGACGAAGCUUUUGGAGGGAUACACAAGCAUCAAUGUUGAUUUGAGGUGUGACAGCGACUUCAAUAAUUUGGAUCAUACUAACAGCAGUAUACAUAAUAUCGAGGAGAACAAUGUUGUAACAAAUGAAGAUAAUAUACAAUGUAGCUCAUCACCUGAAAGUCAAAUUAUGCAACAAUUGCAGUCGAUACAAAUGAGUCUUCCAAGAAACUUAGGAGUAUUGGUUCAAAAGGCAUUAAAUAAUCUAAAUGAUAAACAGAAGGUAUGAGAUUAAAAAUAUGUUGCAAACACACACAAAACAGUGUCCCAGCAAACGAGAAUGGAUUGGAUUGGAUAAAUACGUAUAAAUCAAGUUGUCGAAUUCGCGUCAUCCGCAAAAAAAGUAUUGAAUUUUGUAGAGACUGAGUACACUGAAUACGUUUCUAUACGUAUAGUAUCUAGAUAAAUAUAAUAAAUAUGGACUCUAGUGUAUUCAUAUAGAUAGAAAUGAAAAUAUGCUAAUUUGCGAUCCCAGAAAAUGAUGUAUCGUUGGGAAAUACGCACUUAGGUAAUAGAAAUAUGAUGCGUUUCUUCCUGACCUUAGUACUAUAUACAUAGAGUAUACAAGAUUACAGAUUUACGUGACUCCCGAAUAUAACCUGCACUAUCGUGACCAGGAUUAUAUCUAAAAAUUAUCUUGUCGCCGCAAUGUUAUACACUUUGUAUAUCGGGGUUCAGGAGGCAAAAAGACUUACAUAUAUUACCUCGGUGCAUGCCUUUUAAUGAUAUAUUACUUGCUAAAAUCGACGACUAGUGGAUCACCUUUGUUAGAUAAUUCUUCAAUGCCGCACGUUAAAUUGAAACAAAUAAGUCACACGUUCAUUGCGAACAUUAGGUAAGAUCAAAGUAAAUUAGCAAUACGUAAUUACUUUGGUAAGACCAAAAGUAAAUUAGCAAUACGUAAUUACGAAUUCAACUGGAUUAGUCAUUUAGCACGUUUCAUUUCUAUGCACAUUGGCCAGAAAGUAAAUAACCGUAAUUCCGUAAUUCCGAUUCAAGCGGAUUACAGACAGAAAAGUGAUUUAAAAACACUCAAACCUUGAUUCGACAUCGCUUGAAUGAAUAAUUUUUCAAUAUUUUUUAAUAAUUUCUCGUUUGUUGGGGUUUCAGCUUUUUGAUACAGCUUGUAUGCAAGUACAACGGAUUAAACUGAGUCAAAAAGUCCUGUAUCAUUUUGUAAUUUUCACAAUAGUUAAUAAGAAAUGAUAAAGAUUUAGUUGGAGAGAAUCGAGGCAUCGAGUGGCGGCUUGCUGCUCGGUGCGAUUGACUCGCGACUGUAGAUCCGGGUUCAAUCCCACCUGCGCUUACAUAUGCGAUUUUUCACAUUUAAGAAGCCGAAAUGAUUCUAUCUAUUGCAUGAUUAAGCACCUUUAAUCUUUGAAUACCACACUAUUUUCGUCAUACAUGGGUUACAGUAACCCUGGGAUCUUCUUUUGCUUUUAUCCCGGGAUCUAAUGCAUCAAUUUUAACUUUUUUUUUAAUCGAUACAACAGACAAUAAGGAAAAAGAAUAUAUAGAUAUAGAAGAAUAUCAUAAAACUUCCGGUAACCUAGAUAUUUUGAAAAAAAGA